AACUUUUUAUAUCAGGGCUAGGAAGCGCUUCUCGCCACGCUGAAUUCAAACCAAAUUUGUUAAAGUCACACGAAGAGAAAACUUCAAAAACUUCAAAUUCUAAAACGAAAUACUCAAUCUAGCCAUUAACCAAACGACUCAGAGAAAGAACUCAAAUCAUUCGAACUCAGACAUCUCCGAAACCAAAAUAGAACAACAAGUGGACUAAACGAAAUUCCGAAGAUCCGAUCCUCGGCCAGAGAGCAAAAUAUGUGCAAUGUCAAAAUUUGUUUUCGAUAGUAUGCUGCCAAAGUAUCCACAGUUCCAGCCGUUUAUCAGUUCGCACCACUUAACCACCACCCCCCCGAAUUCGUCAUCUGCAGCAGUUGCCGCCGCCCUAGCCGCCGCCGCCGCCUCUGCCUCCGCCAGCGUUUCAGCCAGCAGCAGCAGCAACAACAACAGCAGCAACACGAUCGCUGGAAGCAACACAAGCAACACCAACAACAGCAGCAGCAGUCCCAGCAGCAGCAGCAACAACAACAGCAAUCUCAACUUGAGCGGAGGAUCCCUAUCGCCGAGCCAUUUGAGCCAACAUCUGGGCCAGUCGCCCCACUCGCCCGUCUCCUCGUCGUCGCCCUUCCAGCAGCACCACCCACAGGUGCAGCAGCAACACCUGAACCACCAGCAGCAGCAGCAUCUGCACCACCAGCAGCAGCAGCACCACCAGUACUCCUCGCUCUCGGCCGCUUUUCAGCUGCAGCAGCAACAACACCACAUCAGCAAACUAGCCGCCGCCGCAGUUGCCUCGCACGGACACGCCCACCAGCAACUGUUGCUCACGCCCCCGUCGGCGGGCAACUCCCAAGCGGGCGACAGCAGCUGCUCCCCGUCGCCCUCGGCGUCCGGCAGCUCCUCGCUGCACCGCAGCCUCAACGACAACUCUCCCGGCUCCGCAUCCGCGUCCGCCUCCGCAUCCGCGGCCAGUUCCGUCGCCGCCGCUGCAGCCGCCGCCGCCGCUGCGGCUAGUUCCUCGUUUGCCAUCCCCACCAGCAAGAUGUAUCCGUACGUGUCUAACCACCCCAGCAGCCAUGGAGGCCUCUCCGGAAUGGCCGGGUUCACCGGACUGGAGGAUAAGUCGUGCAGCAGGUACACGGACACCGUCAUGAACAGCUACCAGUCGAUGAGCGUACCUGCCUCGGCCUCCGCACAGUUCGCUCAGUUCUAUCAACAUGCCACAGCCGCCGCCUCGGCGGUAUCCGCGGCCAGUGCCGGCGCGAUCGGCGUGGACUCGCUGGGAAACGCGUGCACACAGCCCGCCUCCGGCGUGAUGCCGGGGGCAGGGGGAGCGGGCGGAGCCGGUAUCGCCGAUCUGCCCAGAUAUCCCUGGAUGACGCUUACAGACUGGAUGGGAAGCCCCUUCGAGCGUGUCGUUUGCGGCGAUUUCAACGGCCCCAACGGCUGUCCCCGAAGGCGCGGUCGCCAGACCUACACUCGCUUCCAGACCCUCGAACUGGAGAAGGAGUUCCACUUCAACCACUACUUAACUCGGCGAAGGCGCAUUGAGAUCGCACACGCCCUCUGCCUGACCGAGCGGCAGAUCAAGAUCUGGUUCCAGAACCGGCGCAUGAAGCUGAAGAAGGAGUUGCGAGCCGUCAAGGAGAUAAAUGAACAGGCGCGACGCGACCGCGAGGAGCAGGAGAAAAUGAAGGCCCAGGAGACGAUGAAAUCCGCCCAGCAGAACAAGCAAGUGCAGCAGCAGCAGCAACAGCAGCAGCAACAGCAACAGCAGCAGCAACAACAGCACCAGCAGCAGCAGCAACAGCCGCAGGACCACCACUCGAUCAUCGCACACAAUCCGGGCCACUUGCACCACUCCGUGGUAGGUCAAAACGAUCUCAAGCUCGGCCUUGGCAUGGGCGUGGGCGUGGGCGUCGGAGUGGGCGGCAUCGGGCCGGGCAUCGGUGGCGGAUUGGGGGGCAACCUGGGCAUGAUGAGCGCCCUGGACAAGAGCAAUCACGACCUGCUAAAGGCGGUCAGCAAGGUGAACUCCUAAGCUGAUAACCACCCAUCGCCCAGCCGAGCCAACGAGCCAAUCUUCCACCAGCCGCACCACUAGCACCACCACCGCAGCCACCGCCAGGAUCAGCCAGGAUCAACCAGGAUCAACCAGAAUCAGCAUCCAGCGGUUUUUUCGUCUCCUCGUCUGUGUAACGCGCGAGAUAGCAAGCAGAAGAUAAACUCGAUAACUAAAAUACGUAAAGUUUUACAUAGUAAAUAGUUGCAUAAGUUGCAUAGGUCUACACAAAACAUACAUACACGCAAAUGGCUGGGUGCGAUGGCUUAGAGGCGAUUACUGGACCGGGUUUCAUUGCCGUGGAUCGAAGUUUUCUGAGGUUUCCCCAACUGCAGUGGCCUAUUUGAUAGAGCAACGCAUGCGAUUCCCUUCCAGAUCUCCAGUGGGAAUUUGUGUAUCCGACAUUUCUUCCAUACUUUCGCUUUUGCAACCCCUAAAUGGGCAAUUCAACCCCCAGUGCAGAGUCUCUGGGCCAACGGGCCCAAUUCGGUAAUAUUAAUGGAUAACUUGAACUACUUAGAAUAGCGGUAAAUGCCUAAGCAAGGAGUUAGCAGGAGACGCGAUCUAUAUGAAUAAAUAUAGAGUAUUGACGAAAUGAGCGAUUUUUGAUAGUCAGAGAACUCCGUUGCCCGCCCCCAACCAACUUCCAAUGGAAGAGGUUUUGGGGAGGGCAACUCGGCGGAUUCGAGUGUAAAAUUAUUUGCGACUGCUGUAGAAUAACCUAGUUCGAUAUUUAGAGCCACGUUCGACUAUGUUAAACGGUAUAUAUAUACAUAAAUAUAUGGAUAUGCUUAAAGAUUAAUGAUACUUACCUAUAGAGUUAUAAUGCGUACGUUUUGUAUCCACCUAUUUAUUGGAAAUUUAUGUUUAUGUUUUUCAAAAAAAACCCUCUUCCAAUGUUUUGUUAAGUGAUGUGUUUACUGUGUGUUUGCUGUAUAUCGUUGUAUGCCAACGCUUGAAUGCAAUGAUUUCUUCAAUGCCAUAUUAAUCUUAACUCGAGAGCAAGUAAACAAUUAAGCAGCUAAAGUACGCAAACAAUUGCGCAAGUAUUUCCAUAAAUACCAGUUGUAAGAACAAACGGUAUGCAACAUACCUAAAAGCAUAAUCACGAUUUCAAAUACGUAAUAUUAAUAAUGAGAUAUGAAACAAAAGUGGAGUAAGACGGAGCUGAGAAAUUAAAUGUCGUUUGCCAGUGACUAAAAUUUUAAAUUAACUACCAUUAAGCGAAGAACUAAAAAGGCAUCGCUUGAAAGGCCUGCAAAUCUACAAACAAAAAAAAACAAACAGAAAGGAAACUCUGAAAUACGUAUUAGCUUAAGGUUGCAACCACAAACAAACUGUCGAAGAAGGCCAAGAAAGUGGAGUUAUAAGAAUGGAAAUAUUGGCAGAACCCAUAUACGUAGAUUUCAAACUUCCCGAAAUUAAAUUUACCUAGCCUAGUCCCUCGCGGAUUGCAAGUUGAAUUAAAGUCAGAAACUCUAUUUAUUAUACACAUCCGGAGGGGAAGGCUUACACAGCACGUAUUUACAUAAACAAUUAUUGACAAAUAUAUAUGAAUAUAUAUUACAAAUAUAUACAACUAUGAACUAACAUGUGUAUGUAUAAACACCUAAAUGUAUGUGUAUCUAGUAUGGUUAACACAAAAGCAGUCGAGUCAAGUAAAGUCACCUUUUGCCCAAAACCAGUCACCAAAAAAAGCAUCCCCAACCAGCGCUCAUGUUUUUUCUCGACUAUCCUACAUACUAUCCCAAUAUCUUACUGUCCUAGAGUCCUUUGUUUUUCGAGUCCCACUGGUCGAGUGAUAUUCCCGGGUGGCGACAACCUUUUGCCUUGUUUCACGACUUGAUUGAAGGAAACUGAGUGGUUUCUGUUCCUGUUCCCGCUUCAGUUUUGGUUUUGUUGCGUUUCAGUUUGGUUUAAGUUAAAUGUUUAGUCUUUUUUGGACGGCCUAGCAAAUUAGCGCGUAAAUCUAUAUUUUGUUUGAACCCUAAUGCUAAAACUUCUGUUAAUUUUACUUUAAGUUUAGUUGUGACGAAUUGUGUAUUAUAUAAUUUUAUGCGAUUUUAAAAUGAAUGCGAAAAAAUUAAAAACACCCUUGUUUUACUCCGACUGGGAAGCAACUGCAACGAGAACCCAUCCAUACGCCGACCUUUUCGAUGAGGUCCAAAAACUCCAAAUCAAAUUUAAUAUUAGAUAAUGCCUAACGAACAUAUAUACGUAGAAUCACGUCGAUACUAUUUACUAACCAACCAAGUUUACUCACUCAGCCGGAAAUAUUCGGAGAUUGCGAUAGUUGAAGAACCCGCAUAUACGUAACUGAAUUAUAUUCGAACCUAAAGAAAUCCUAGUAUUAAUCCGACCGAAACCGAUCGAGGGGCUCCCAAA